CCUCCUCCUCCUCCUCCCUCUUCUUUUUUCCCCUCCUCCCCCCAGCGCCAGCCAUAGAGGGAGGACACGGAUUCAGAGAAGGGGAGAAGGGAGGAGAAUCGGCAGCUGGAGAGGGAGAGGGGUGGCCUGAGACAGGGCCCUGUGAAGGCCGGUGGCUCGGCGCUGAGGGGGAGCCAGGAAGGGGAGCCAGGAGGCCAGCCGAGUAGGGACUCAGGAACGCUCCAUCCUUCCUUCUCUUCCUCUCCAUCCCUCCCCCCCCCCUUCCUUCCCUCCCACCACCACCACCUCCUCCUCCUCUUCCUUCCUUCCCCCGAUUCCUCCAUCCCCUCUCUUCUGGGCCACCGGGCUUACUCCAUCCCCCUUUCCUCUGUUCCCUCCCCAUCUCCCCCUCUCCUUCCUCCCCGCUUCCCUCUCUCUCCUCUGUCUCUCCGACUUCCCCAUCCCUUCCCUCCUCCUCCAUCCUUCCUUACUCCCCUCUCUUCCCCCAUCUCCCUCUCCUUCCUUAUCCCCAUCUCUACCAUCCUCCUCUCUCCUUCCCCAGUUUCCCAGCCUCUUCCCAACCCCUCUUUCCCCCAUUGCCCACUUUCCUCCCUGUCCCCCAUCCUCCGUGCCCCCAGCCUCUUUUGCCCUCCAUCCUUCCUGUGCCACCAGCUUCCCGAUCCCCCCAUUCUCUGAGCCGCCUUUAUCUCCCCUUCCUUCCCGUCAUCCACUCUCACCAUCUCCCCCACUGUCUUUUACACCCCCUAUCGCUUUCUCUUCCAUCCUCCUCCCUUAGCCCCAGGCCUGAUGCUCCUUUGGUCAGGCCUGAAGUCUUAAAUCCUUAGUCUCCCCUCUCCCCCACUGCCCCAGGGGAGGGGCAAGGCCUGGGGGGGAGGGGGGAGAAAGGGGUAACCCCCUCCCCCUGCCGGCCCCUCCCCUCCCCCACCCCCACCCCAUGGCCACGGGCUACAUCUUGGCCCAUUCCUCACCCCCAGCAGCCCCCCCAGGCCGACCCGGCUGAGGGGAGGGGGCCGGGGGUGGGGAGCCCCAUUUGGGCCAGCUUUCUCCCUCCCUCCCUCCAUUACUCCUUCCCUUCUUCUCCUCCUCCAUUUUCUCCUUGCAUUCCCCCUUCUCCUCUCCCCUCUCAGGCCUACCCGCCAGCCCUCCCUGUCUCCCUGCCCCUUCCACCUGGCUCCCCCCCUCCUCUAGCAGCUGGGGACCAGAAGACUCUCCCCCUACUCCCAGCUCAGUGUCCCUCCCCACCCCCACCCUUCUUGGCCCCUGAGCCGGCAAGAGAGCCCCAGCCGUCUGGCCCACCAGGAUCCGUGGUGCGUGGGGGCCUCGGGCAGCAGCUUCUCCAUGAGGAGGGGAGGAAGAUGCCGGCGGAGCUGCUGCUACUGCUGAUUGUCGCCUUCGCCCGCCCUAGCAGUCAGGUGUUGUCCUCCCUGCGCAUGGGUGAGGCCUUCCCCAUCCUGUACCCUCGCAGAGACCCCCGGGUCGUCAGACCUCUGUUCCCGCUCCCUCAAAGGCCCCUGAGCGCCCCGUGCCCUCCCCAACAAGCUCUUGCCCCCGUACCCAAACCUCCCGAUGUCCCAGCUCCGGCCCCAAGCACCAGAGCCCAGGGCUGCAGGUCUCUCGGUCCAGCUCCUCAAGGACUCGGGAGGGCUCAGGUCCUGAGGGACCCAGGAAUCCUCACGCCCCAUGCCCUGCCCUCCAGGGCCGUAGGCAUCCCGAUCCCUCAGGGGCCUCUGGUCUCCCAGCCUCUUGUCCCCACAGCCGCUAUCCUGGACGACCAGACCGUGUGUGGCAGAGGAGAGCGCCUGGCCCUGGCCCUUGCCCGGGAGCAAAUCAACGGCAUCAUCGAAGUCCCAGCCAAGGCCCGAGUGGAGGUGGACAUCUUUGAGCUCCAGAGGGACAGCCAGUACGAGACUACGGACACCAUGUGCCAGAUCCUGCCCAAGGGAGUCGUUUCGGUCCUUGGACCUUCCUCGAGCCCAGCAUCAGCCUCCAUUGUCAGCCACAUCUGUGGGGAGAAGGAGAUCCCCCACAUUAAAGUGGGCCCCGAGGAGACCCCCCGACUCCAGUACCUUCGAUUUGCUUCUGUCAGCCUCUAUCCCAGCAACGAGGACGUCAGUCUGGCUGUCUCCCGCAUCCUCAAAUCCUUCAACUAUCCUUCAGCCAGCCUCAUCUGUGCCAAGGCGGAGUGCCUGCUGAGAUUGGAGGAGCUGGUUCGAGGCUUCCUAAUCUCCAAGGAGACUCUGUCAGUUCGGAUGCUCGAUGAAAGCCGGGACCCCACGCCUCUCCUCAAAGAAAUUCGGGAUGACAAGGUCUCCACCAUCAUCAUCGAUGCCAAUGCCUCCAUCUCUCAUCUCAUCCUCAAGAAGGCUUCAGAGUUGGGGAUGACCUCAGCAUUUUAUAAAUACAUCCUCACAACCAUGGAUUUCCCUAUUCUUCACCUGGAUGGCAUCGUGGAGGACUCAUCCAACAUCCUGGGCUUCUCCAUGUUCAACACAUCUCACCCCUUCUAUUUGGAGUUUGUUCGGAGCCUCAACAUGUCCUGGAGGGAAAAUUGUGAGGCCAGCAUGUACCCUGGUCCAGCGCUGUCUGCAGCCCUGAUGUUUGACGCUGUUCAUGUGGUCGUGAGUGCUGUGAGGGAGCUGAACAGGAGCCAGGAGAUUGGUGUGAAACCCCUGGCCUGCACUUCCUCCAAUAUCUGGCCACAUGGGACCAGCCUCAUGAACUACCUUCGAAUGGUAGAGUAUGAUGGGCUGACUGGACGAGUUGAGUUCAACAGCAAAGGUCAACGGACCAACUACACCCUGAGGAUCCUAGAGAAGUCCCGGGAGGGCCAUAGGGAGAUAGGGGUGUGGUACUCCAAUCGGACUCUGGCAAUGAAUUCCACCACCUUGGACAUCAACCUUUCCCAGACCUUGGCCAACAAGACUCUGGUGGUCACCACCAUCUUGGAGAAUCCAUAUGUCAUGCGAAGGCCCAACUUUCAGUCUCUGUCAGGAAAUGAGCGGUUUGAGGGUUUCUGUGUGGAUAUGCUUCGAGAGCUGGCUGAGCUGCUCCGUUUUCGCUUUCGACUUCGGCUAGUAGAAGAUGGGCUAUAUGGAGCACCAGAGCCCAAUGGCUCCUGGACUGGAAUGGUUGGGGAACUCAUCAACCGGCAGAAGGCAGAUCUGGCAGUGGCUGCAUUCACAAUCACAGCUGAGCGGGAGAAGGUCAUAGACUUCUCUAAGCCCUUCAUGACCCUUGGGAUCAGCAUCCUUUACAGAGUGCACAUGGGUCGAAAACCUGGCUACUUCUCCUUCCUCGAUCCCUUCUCACCUGCUGUAUGGCUCUUCAUGCUCUUGGCUUACCUGGCUGUUAGCUGUGUCCUUUUCCUGGCAGCCAGGCUGAGCCCCUAUGAGUGGUAUAACCCUCACCCGUGCCUCCGAGCACGUCCCCAUGUGGUGGAGAACCAGUAUACCCUGGGCAACAGCUUGUGGUUCCCCGUCGGGGGAUUCAUGCAGCAGGGCUCCGAGAUCAUGCCCCGGGCACUUUCUACCCGAUGUGUCAGCGGGGUCUGGUGGGCCUUCACUCUCAUCAUCAUCUCCUCCUACACGGCCAACCUGGCAGCCUUUCUCACCGUGCAGCGAAUGGAGGUGCCAGUGGAGUCAGCUGACGACUUGGCUGACCAGACUAAUAUUGAGUAUGGGACCAUCCAUGCAGGUUCCACCAUGACCUUUUUCCAGAACUCUCGAUACCAGACAUACCAGCGAAUGUGGAACUACAUGCAGUCCAAGCAGCCCAGUGUGUUUGUGAAGAGCACAGAGGAAGGCAUUGCCCGAGUCCUCAACUCCCGCUAUGCCUUCUUGUUGGAAUCCACCAUGAACGAGUACCACAGGCGCCUCAAUUGCAACCUCACUCAGAUUGGGGGCCUCCUCGAUACCAAGGGCUAUGGCAUCGGCAUGCCACUGGGCUCCCCAUUCCGGGAUGAGAUCACACUGGCCAUCUUGCAACUGCAAGAAAACAACCGAUUGGAGAUCCUAAAGCGAAAGUGGUGGGAAGGGGGCCGGUGUCCAAAGGAGGAGGAUCAUCGGGCCAAAGGGCUGGGAAUGGAGAAUAUUGGUGGAAUAUUUGUGGUGCUCAUCUGUGGCCUCAUCAUCGCGGUCUUCGUUGCUGUCAUGGAGUUUGUGUGGUCCACAAGGAGAUCGGCAGAGUCCGAGGAGGUUUCCGUGUGCCAGGAGAUGCUACAGGAGCUCCGCCAUGCCGUGUCUUGCCGCAAGACCUCCCGUUCUCGCCGCCGUCGCCGCUACCCGGGGGUACCGGGCCGGGCUGCCCUGUCCCUACGGGCGGUCCGGGAGAUGCGCUUGAGCAACGGGAAACUCUACUCCGCGGGUGCCAGCGGCGGAGAUUCGGGCGGAGGGCAUGGGGGCCCUCAGCGCCUACUGGACGACCCUGGACCCCCGGGUCGGCCUCCGGCAGCGGCCCCGGCCGGCUGCACUCACGUCCGCGUCUGCCACGAGUGUAGGCGCAUUCAGGCCCUUCGGGCUGCAGGUGGGGGGCCCACUCGGGGAAUGGUUCCCCCGACCGAGACCACGAGCCCCCCGAGGCCCCGCCCGGGGCCCCCGGCGCCCCGGGAGCUGUCCGAGCAGGAGUGAGCGCCCCGCCUCUGUGGGGCGGGCUGGCAGCCAGCUCGAGAACUCAGACUUCGGGGAGAACUCAGGCUUCUGGGCAGCCGAGACUGAGAAGAACCUAGGCCUCCGGUCCCCUGACCCCAAGAGGUGCAACCUGGACUAGAGGGAGAUCAAGGAGCCUGGCGGUCCCUCUCGCGAAAGUGACCUGGGAGACCGGGCGGUCCGACUGGAGGCGAACCCAAGUGGUUGAGUCCCCAUCCUCUCUUCACUGGAGGGAGCAUCUCGGAAAGAGAAUUUUCGACUGCGGACUCCCAAGACCGCCCUUUGGCAGUCGGGGGCGGGGUUGGGGGUUGGGGGAGUGGGCAGCCCUCCUGCCCUCUGGACCCUCCCCCCCCCCUUUCCUUCACCGGGUGUACUAGUCAAGGCGUAGCAGAGAGCAGGAGCGGGUCUUGGAGGUGGAGGCCCUGAGCCUGGAUGCUUGAAUCCCUCCGCAGGGUUGGGGGAUGCCCGGGGGCCCCACUUCCAAAUACCCUCUGAACUGAGCGCCCCACCUAACCUGGGGCAGGAGGGGGAGGACCUCCGGCUAAGCUUUCUGUCUCUGUCUCUGUCUCUUUCUCUAUUUUUGGGGAGAAUCCCCCGGAUUUCUAUGACACUCCUUAGGGAGGGGGUCGGCGGCUCCCUUGUCCCUCCCCCUCCCGAGCCCCCUGUCCCCGUUGGAAUAAAAAAAUCAAAGAAAACCUCAA